UUUUCUUACCCGCCCUCGCAGCUUCAUACACCAAACGUGAACCGACAACCGGCCUGCACCUUUCAACUUUCCAAUCUCUCAUUCACUCUCCAUCUCUGGAACACUCCUCCUACUCGCCCCCUUCCAUCCCCACAUGCGAUAGUGUUGCAAAUCCACGCGAGACCCGGCGAGUAUGCGUAUAGCUCCUACUCUGGAGAGUAUAUGGCACACUUUUAACCAUUUCAAAUCGCAGAGUACGAAACGUCACCGCCCGGAAAAAAGCUCUUCUCACUCUCAGCUCCACAUUUAUUUUUGCUCCAAAUCAAACCCUAAUUUUUGGGGGCACUUGUAAGAAAGAUCCUUCUCUCCUUCGCAUGAGCUCUCCGCGGAUAUAGUUUGAAGAACACUCUUCUUGAAGAUAUUAGUUGAGAAGAAAUAUUUUCUUUUGUUGUUGCGGUCUAGCUAUAUCCCCUAAAGUUGAAAAGAAGAUUUUCGGGGAUUUCGUGUUCUUUGUAUAAAUGGCCAGUCUUGAAGAUAUUGUAGCGGCGACGAAAGUUGUUGCUGAGAAUUCUGACAACCUAAUGAGCAGUGUGUCAAAUGGUGGUGCAAGUGUUCCGGUUAAUGAGAUUGAUCUCCGGGAUGGUCUUGUUGGUUCUUCAGAUCGUGUGCUUGGGAGGGAUGAAAAGGUUCAAGAUGGCAGGGGGUCUUGCAAGGAUAAUGGUGGAAAUGGUGAUGAGAAAUUUAAUGUAAUUGAAAGAAACUGUACAUAUGCUUAUGUGAAUGGAGAUGAGAAAGGAUAUGGGAACGGUGAGAAGGUUGAGGAUUGUGACAAUAGGUUUUGUGUAGGGGAUUUUGUGUGGGGUAAAAUUAAGUGUCAUCCAUGGUGCCCUGGCCAGAUUUACGAUCCAAAAGAUGCCUCAGAUUUUGCUGUGAAGCAUAGCCAGGAGGGUCGUCUUCUUGUGGCCUUUUUUGGUGAUGGUUCUUGUUCGUGGUGCUUACCCUCACAGCUGGUACCCUUUGUGGAGAAUUUCAAAGAGAUGUCAAUGGAUAGUACUUCUAAGAGCUCUCUCAAUGCUGUACAGAGUGCCGUCAAUGAGAUUGGUAGGCUUCUGGAGUCCAAGAUGACAUGUAAGUGUGUACCGUUGGAGAAAAGAGAUGGCCUCGCCAGGCCUGUGGCGGCAAAUGCUGGAGUGAGAGCAGGAGUACUUGUGCCGGAGGUAGAUAUCCGUCGAUUUCCUAUCCCAGAAUAUGAGCCUGCUGACAUACUCGCAGAAUUGGUGCGCGUUUCCCGAGCUGUCCGCUUUGACAGUGUGUUUGAGCUUGCUGUCUUGAGAAGCUGGCUCUCUGCAUUCUAUCGAGCCAAAGGUGGUUAUAAGUUGCCAAUAUACCUGGAACCGCUUCAGAUUGAAGGCAUGGAAGACAAGAAUAAAAAUGUGGCUGUUGUAGCUGAUGAUUUUAGUGUUCCAAUUGAAGUCCCUAUCUUGAGACCUACGGAGGAUGACUUGAUCACUUCACCUACAGUUAACGCUGCAAAAUCCCAGGUCUCAUCAGAUGAUAAGAUAUAUCAUAGACGGAAGCAGAAAAGUGUUGCUGAGCUUAUGGGAGAAAAAACUACUGUCAAGUCCAAAAUUCGGAAGAAAGCUACAGUAAAAGAGGAAAAAGACUGUGGAAAGUCCACAUCCUCCUUGAAGAGGAAGAAGAAUAAUGAUAGAGAAGUAAUGGAAGGUGGUGAGGGCAGGCCUUCUUCUUUAACAGGGAAGAUUGGUAAGAAGAGACAGGCUGAAGUUUCUGAAUCUCCCAAAAUAGGAAAUGAUGAUACUGUUCUAACUGCAGAAAACAGUGCAGCUGCGGCUGUCAAUAGUGUAAAGAAAGGCAAACCAAAAGAAAUUGAAGUUGAUGUUAUUGAAAAUACUUCUGGAGCCAAAGAGGAAUUGGAUGAGGCAUCUACACCCAGGGAAAGGAAGAAAAGUAAGUACUUAUCUCCUCCUUAUACAAAUCCUAGUUGGUCAACAAUUGGAAAUUCGAGCUCCAAGGAAAGAGAAACUAAUAAAGUUACCAAGACAGAUAGGUUGGGAGAGCACGUAAUGAAGGCUUCUGGAGACCAUUGUACAUCACCACCUGUUUCCAGAUCUGUUGAUAAUGCAUCUGAAGGAGAAUUGCCUGACAGUGAGAUUAAAUCUGCUAAUAAUAGCCAUCCGACAGUGAAGAAUGAUAGUAAGAUGACUUUUGCCGUAACUGAUGUUGAUCUCCCUGUGAAUGAAUUGCUAUCAGAGGUCCAGCAUGCAGCUGUUGAUCCUCUUUACUUGAGCAAGGAGGGUGCUCUGGAUAUGAUUUGGGCAUUUGUUUCUGCACUCAGAAGCUCUACCUAUUUUCACGGAUCAGACUAUAAAUUAUAUCAGAAGUGCAAAACAGGUAGGAAAAGAAAAUCAAUGCCCUCUCGGCUGGGAAAUGAAGAAAAUGACCUUGCCCAAGAAAAUGCCAAAUCAAGUGACCGGAAAACUCCCAAAUCCGCUAAGACUGAAAGAAAGCCAGAAACAUCCAAGUCCAAGGAUGCUGCUGAGAAAUCUCGUGCCGAAAAAAAUGCAAAGAAACUAGAGGGAAAUUCUUCGUUGUGCCUUUCUCUGACAUUCAGACCCGGAUUUCCUUUGCCCUCAAAGGAAGAAAUUGUGAGGCUCUUUGGUGAGUUUGGGAGCCUGAAUGAGAAGGAAACCAAAUUGGUGACAGAUACCCGCUCAGUCCAGAUUGUCUACAUGAAGGCCGCUGAUGCAGAAGCAGCCUUUAGAUCAUCAGUAAGUCGCAGUCCAUUUGGUGUUGAGACUGUUGAUUAUCAGUUGCAGCAUCCUUCAUCUGACUCAAAGUCUCAUGAAUCUCAUCCAAAACUUUCUUUGUCUACCGACCGGGCCCCUCACAGGCAAGAUAUUUCCACACCACCAACGGGUGAUGUUAUGUUAGAUGUUAGAGUCAUCAUGCGAAAACUGGAGAUAAUGACUGCUAUUCUUGAAAAUUACCAUUCCAAAUUCUCACCCGAGGAGAAGUCCAGCUUGAAGGAUGAGAUGAAACGUCUCAUGGAGAGUGUAGAAACAGCGAGUGAGAAGGUACGAGUCAUGGCCGAGAGUACGUGAUCUUUGAAGAAGAUUGAGUAUUGUAUGGGGGGUGUGAGGCAAUCUACUGAUUCAUUUUCUUGGAGGUUCUUUGUAGUCAACUCUUAUAAGGACAGUUGCUAAUCCUUUUGCUUUCUUUAGGACUCCUGUAUGAUAGUAAUAGGACAAUUAAUCAGUCUUGUUAUAGUAGGCCUGACACUAGUGGAUCAGCCUAUUUUGGUUUUUGUAUUCCUUUAUCGGCUGCACAAUUCAACUCUUAAACCUCUGUGACGGUGGCCUGACAUUUUGUAGAAGCUGGGUCUUGGCCUGUUGAUGCGCCUUUCUGGAAAUUUUAACUGAAAAUAGACUAUCUUCUUAUUUGCGGAUG